AUGAGAGGCCACUCUGUUCUACUUGCUCUCGCCGGCACCCUUCUGUCUCUAACGACAGCGGACCCCAUCGCCCUCGCCAUCGUCAUGCCGACAGAGAGCGCAACUCCCCCGCUUGACAGAUUGACAAACAGCGGCCCGCUGGACCAACAACGAUCUGGAGUCCGGGCCACGAGACAAGUCAUCUCAGAGGGCAUGGGAAAGGAGACGUGCGGGUUCUUUAGAACAGGGGGAGUCACCUGCACAGCCGGCACAGGAACCUCCAGAAUCGCAUGCCACAACACGGACAGGUGGCUCUGCGGAAGCCUCUACUCGACCUGUCUAGGCCCCGCCGAACCAAUCUGCAGCGGCAAGACGCAGAACGGGGAGAGGACGCUCUGCUGCAACACAGAAAGCCCCGUCUGCGGCACCCUCCUCCGCGGCUCAGGCGAAAGCCAGAGAACGGGCCUAGCCUGCUUCGGCGCCGACUUCAAGACAAAAUCCAUCCAGACGCUCGCGUCGAAUACGUGGCCGACCUUUAUCACGGACCCGCUACCACCGUCAUCAUCAACAUCGUCGGCGUCUUCGUCUUCGGCUACGUCCAGGCCCCAGAUCGCGUCUGCGAAACCCUGCGCUACCCCAACGACCGCCACACCCUCGGCGUCUCCGACGAGCAGACCGAUCAAGACGUCAACGUUCGGAAUCCCUGAUCCCUCGCCUUCGCCUGCGAUGGCCCUGGAACAGUCGGCAUCGGUGGGCAAUGGACAGAGCGGCAUCGUUCGGGGGCUCGGUGUGCUGGCUUUUGCGAUGCAUGUGGCUUGGAUUGGUUUGUGA